CGCUAGAGUGGCAACAUUUUUAGUUAUGGCCGUCCGUCAGUUGGAAUGGAGGCAAGUGAUUGUUGCCGAAUUUUUGAGUUGAAAAAUUCAAGUUUCUUUUAAAAUCGCGAUAAAGUGUGAAUUAAAUUAAAUUCAAAACGAUUUGUGUGAGUUUGUGAAUUGCAUAGUGACUAAAAUAUACGUGAAUUCGCUCAAAGAAUGUUAGUUGUGUCCUUAAAGUAAUAGGAUCUGAGUGAUCGUUUAUAUUAUUGGAUUACUGUUUCCAGUUUAUACAGCUAAUAGAGUGGCCAGAUUAAAGUGUAAAGUGUAUCGAUGAGACGCCGCUAGUGACGGCAGGAGAGCGGCCGCCGCCACACUGCGUGCUUUACUUACUUAGGGGCGGUGUGUGAGUGCCGCACCGCCAUGUCGCACCACAGCGACGAGCAGGCGCUGCUGACGGUGACGUCGGACUCGUUCUGGGAGCCCGGCAACUACAAGCGCACCACGCGCCGCGUCGACGACGGCCACCGGCUGUGCGGCGAGCUGCAGGCGCUGGUGCAGGAGCGCGCCGACAUCGAGAAGACGUACGCCAAGAGCCUGCGCGGCUGGGCCAAGAAGUGGAACGACCUUAUAGAGAAAGGUCCAGAAUAUGGCACAAUGGAGGCAGCAUGGAAAGGCGGCAUGGUUGAAGCGGAACGACUAUCGGAUUUACAUUUAAGCGUACGAGAUCGUCUAGUAAACGACGUCAUCGCUCAGAUCAAAAACUGGCAAAAGGAUACCUAUCAUAAGUCAAUGAUCCAGCUAAAAGAGCGCAAAGAAAUGGACGAGGCGUUCAAGAAGGCGCAGAAGCCGUGGGCGAAGUUCCUUCAGAAGGUGGAGAGGACGAGGCUCGAGUACCACACGGCGUGCAAGCAGGAGCGAACUGCGCAGAACCAGGAGCGAAAUGCUAGUGGAGACAGCUCGCUUAGUCCAGACCAGAUAAAGAAAAUGGCGGAGCGCGUGUCAAAGUGUCGCGAGGACGUCGCCAAGAACCGCGACAAGUACCAAGCGGCUCUGGCGGAGAUCACGGCGUACAACCCCCGGUACAUCGAGGACAUGACGGGAGUCUUCGACCGCUGCCAGCAGAUGGAGGCGCAGAGGCUGACGUUCUUCAAGGACGUGCUGUUCAGUUUCCACAAAUGCCUGGACAUUAGCAAGGAACCCACAUUACCACAAAUAUACGAAGAAUUCCACCACACGAUAAACAACGCCGACCACCAGAAGGACCUCAAGUGGUGGGCGAACAACCACGGCGUCAACAUGGCCAUGGCGUGGCCGCAGUUCGAGGAAUACACGGAGGAGUUCCGGGACAUCGCGAAGGGAAAGUCCAAGGAGAGCCUGCCCACCGGGCCCAUCACGCUGCUCAACCAGCGGCCAGUCAGCGAAGACGAACUACCGCCGAUCACAGCUAACAACAAAAGCGGAAAGACCGCCAACAACCACACGGAACCGCCAGCGAACAACACGACCAUAAUGCAGAACAACACCAGCGCGAACAAUACCAUAGACAAGAAGACCAUUAGCGCACCCAUAGCUGUCACAAACGGCACAGCGUCCGCGCCCAAGUCGGCCAAGACCUCCCCGGCGAAGGACAGCGUGAGCGGCAAGGACAACCCCUUCGAGGAGGAGGAGUGGGACGAGGAGUCGGGAGGCGCGCUCACCGACACCGGCGAGCCCGGCGUACCGGUACGCGCGCUCUACGACUACACCGGCGCCGAGAGCGACGAGCUCAGCUUCCGACAAGGUGACCUAUUCGAGAAACUAGAGGAUGAAGACGAGCAGGGCUGGUGCAAAGGGCGCAAGGACGGGCGCGUGGGGCUCUACCCCGCCAACUACGUGGAGCCCGUGGGCCACUAGCGCUUCUGCGAGCUUCGCCGCGUCGCGUAGCAACGCCGGCAGUGCUUCUUAGGCCUUCACUUGCGAAGCGUAACGCGUACUAUUCAAUAUUAAAUGCAAGUCUAAAUAGCUAAAACAACAAGUCCGCAACAACAACUAUGUAGCUGUUCAAAAGCGAAGCGAUUAGUAAAAUUGUCGCUCUUCACGCCUAGCGUAGGUUAUCUCAUGACGUGAGAAAUAUUGUCAACCAAUAGCGAAACCAUCGGAAAAUUUCGUUGCAAUAGAAAGACUGAAAAUAUUUUCGUUAUUCUCGCUAUUGGUCGAUAGUAUGUUUUUAACUCGUCACGAGAUAAUUGUGUACUUUUAUAGUGCAUAGGUCUUCCUUUUCGCGAUGAGACGAAAGAUAAAGGGAUAUAGACAGAAAUAUUAUCCAUUUUGCUGCUAUUGAUCGAUGGGCGUAUACGAUUUGUAAUUACUCGGCGCGAUUUGUAGGUACCUGUAAAAUAGAUGGCUGCCAUUUGUCUUUGUACGAAGUCGAGCCAAUGUUAAGGGCCCGCGCAGACAGAAAAGAGUUGGCCUUCUGCGUUCAGCGAUUUGCUCAUUUUCGUAACUUUACACCACCGCACAGAUAAUAAUUACCCGCAAAUAACCGCCAGAUGGUUAGACUAUUUUUUUUUUUUAGAAUAUUUGCCAAAUCAUUAAAAUAUGACCAAUUUUCUCCUCCAAUUAUUCAAAAAGACUGUGUUAGGAAUUAGCACGGCAAUAAACUAGGUUCGAAUCCAUUGCUGUGUGGCGUGAGAGUCCCCUUGGUCUUAUUAAGCUGUUGGGUCUUCCUAAAGGUACUAUUAGAUAUGUCACUGGCGCGUGAAAACUUAGGCGAAAUAAGGUGGCCAAUUGUCUCAAUUUCAUUUAAUCGCUUAGUUAUUUAAACAAAUAAUACUUAAAUAUCGUCUAAAUUAUUGUGCGUUCAGGAAGUGUAAAAACACGAAAUUGUGCACAUAAUAUGCGCUCAGUGCAGUAGAUAAAUUCCGAUCACUUUUGCGGUGAUUUUGUAGGCACGUAACAUGUCUAAUUGUAUAAAAUCGUUGGGUCGUCACAAUAAAUUGAAUGGAAUUGAAUUGUAUACAUAGAAAACGCAAAACGCGUAACUUUUGCAGUCUGCGCAGGCCCUUACACAUAAGCAAGUGCGUAACUUCUUGUGUCAAAUUUUGAGUUCUUGUCCAAGGACUCUGACAGCUAUGACUUGUGAUCGAAAUGAGUAUUUUUAUGCUGAUAUUGGACAUUGUCACCAAAUGAAAGUAAAAACGAGGCUGUUAUUUGGGAAAAAAAAUUACAAGCAACGGCAAUUUCGAAUAUCCAAUUCUAUUUCUUAGAGUCGAUAGUUAUUAUAGAAGCACGCAAAAAAGUUGGCUACAAAGAUGGCUACUGCCAUAGUGAGAGUUUGAAGACCAAUUGUGAAGCCAAUGUUACUGAUUAGUUAUUAUUACAGCUCAUUUUUAAUAUAACUAAGGGUUUCCUUGUGUUGGACACAAAUGUUGCGGUUUAAUUUGAGUUUCAAAAGUCUCCAUCAUCAUUUCUAACCACUAAUGGUCCAUUACACAGCAUCCUUCCUCCUUAUAGGAGAGGGGAUAUAGCUUAGAUCCACCAUGUUGCCCCAAUGUAGGUUGGCGGGUUAUAUAAUUAUUGCACGAUUCAGUAACAUUUGGCUCGCCAGAUCGCAUGUUAUUCAAAAGUGAAUUGAAACUUGACAUUGUUAUUCUGCUGUAUGAAAAAUAAACGGAGAUAAAUGCGUAUUGUAAUGUAAUUUGUAUGUCAAAUUAAUUUCCUGUGAAGUCACACUUAAGUCAUAUUUUAGUACAUAAACAUUAGGUACAUCUGAUUCAUACAAAAUGUAAAACUUUUCGUUGUAAAAUUAACUAUUUCUCUCUUAUAAUUGUGACGCAGUUGACUUGGCUACUAUAUUCGACACAAAACAAUAGGCCCGUUUUGACGUUUGUUGUCGUUUAAACGAGAUAGCAGCUAAAUUGUGAUAAUAAAAUAUAUAUAUAUAUAUGAACCCUGAUGAAUUCCAAUAGUAAUAUAUAUUAUUGGAAUUUAUCAUAUGAAGAAAGUGGCUAUUUCUAGUUAUUGUUUCAUGAUACAUCCACCGCUGUAUAUAUUUUUAACCAUUCAAUAUUAUUAAUACUAACCAUUCCCGACUUAUCUCUACGAAAUUUUUCUUUUUUAAAUUUUCAUUUCAGUUUCUAAAAAUACCAUACAUAACCAUAUUCCAUAUUUUGUUUUCUAUUUACAAUAAAUUACUGUAUUUUUUUUUUGUUUUACCAUAACUUUAUAGAAAAGGACAGCUAUAAAAUGGAAUAAAUGUCACAAAGUGAGAAUGUCAUAACGGCCCACUUAUUGUGUCGCGAUUAUUAGAGAGAAGCAGAUAUGUAUUAAACAGAGAUCCCACUUGGCACUUUUAGUUGUAUAUUAAUUAAUAAGCCAUCAUAUAAAUGCCAUCUCGAAAUUGUUUAAAAUAGUACAUAUUUUAAUUUAUUUUUUUU